UGAGGUUAGGUUUCUCUUCAUUGGAUUUCAGAUGUAUUUAGAUCGCAAUGUAGAUUGAAAUUUGAAAAAAAAAAAGAAAAAUUACAUGUCAAAAAGAAAUAUAUAUAAGAAAAAUUUAGAAAUAAAAUAAUAUUUAUUUUAUCGUCAUUAGAAUUUGCGCGUAAAAGAAAUCGAAAAUAAGUGAAAGAAGAAGCGAGUACAUAUAACGCAUUGAGGGUUGUAAUUAAGUAGAUACAGUUGAUCCCAAAAGUAUUCAGCCUCUGUAAAUAUUUCACUAGUUGCUUCUUAAUAAAUAUAAUUUUUCAUUCUAUUCUAUUUCCUAUCUAAAAUAAUUAUAUCAUAGAAGUAAUACGACAUGUUAAAAAAUUGACAUUCACCUUUUUUCAAUCGAUGUAUAAUUCUUCGUAAAAUAUACGGAAUAUCCUGUGCGGCUAUAAUAUCUUUGGAAUCAACUAAGAUACGAGUUUGAGAGAAAAGUCACGUUGAAGAAAAUCUAUUUCCUCGAUCUUCAAUCUUCGCCAAGAACGAAAUGAAGUCCAGCAUUCGAGCGGCCAUAUGGUUAGUCCCGUUGGCAGUCGGAUGCAUGGCUCUGCCGCCGCAAUUACAGGCCGAUCUGAUGAGUAGCGGGAAGAUGAAAUACCGGCGUGCGAAGGCGCCAUCGUAUUUCAACGAAGAGGAGUCGAGCAGUUCGGUGAUUGCAUCGAGCGGUAGCGGCAUCGAUGAGAACAGCAUCGGCCCCACUACCAUUAGCAACGUUGCAAAAAUCAGCAAUGGCGGCGGUAGCAAGAACGUCGAUGCCAUUAUAUCAAACCCGCUUCCUCCUCGCCGCGUUUCCGCCACGAUUAACGGCGACUCGAUCACCACGCUCCUAUCCUCCUCCUCCUCCUCGUCCUUGCCGUCGGCGGUGACGACGUCGACGCCGGCGUUAACAAUGUCAUCGUCGACGGGUCACGAUUCCUCUUCCGCCGAGCUCGCGACGGGCGGCUCGUCGACCUUGUCGAUCGCGGACGCGAAAACGGAAUGGGGAGCACCGUCGUCGGUGAGCAACCGUGGCACGACGACCACGAGAACGACGAUGAAGAUGUCGACAACGGCGAUAAAUACAAGCAGCUCGAAUUUAACCACGUUCCCCACCGAAGCCUCAUCGAGAACGAUCGCUUCGAAUCGAGACGCGAGCACCUUUUUACCUUCCUCGAAGAAAUCGACGACUAGCUUCAACGAAAUUACCACCACCCCUGCCUCGACCUCGUCGAAAGAAAUGAGGGAAUCCACGGGCAAGAUCCGACCCCAGAUCAAACUGACGAUGAACUACACGAAUCUUGGCGAGACUGGGGUACGAUUACCGGAGGGUGCGAGCGCAGCUCUUGCAAAACCAACCAAGUAUCACUACUAUCCACACAAUCAGCAUAUCUACUUGUUACCAGAGUGCGCGGUACAGCAAGUUUGCAAUGCCGUUUACGUUAGGCUGAAUUUUACUCAGCCUCUGUGCGCUUGUCCAGGAAGAUACCGCGACCCUUGCAGCGCCUCACUCGACAGCGACGAUCUCCACACUACCGAGCUGGUCACCGACCCACGAACCAAGGCUCUAACAUUGGUGAAAACAUGUGAACCGGUGGCGGAAAUGCGCGAAUGCAGAAUACCAAGAGACUGGUCUCUCCUCGCGCUACAAAACGUACGAACAGGGAAAUCUCAUUAUCUCGUUAUAUGUCGUUGUCCCGACGCCAAUAUAUUGGAGGGUCCUAUGAGUCACGAUCAACCAACAUACGCGAGCGUACCAGGAAUACGUGUUUACGGGAUGAUGUGCGUGCAAGGGAAUCGAAAAGGACGACCAUUAAGAUAUAAACGCAGUGUUUCAGAUCAUUUCCAUCGAGAGAUUGACGAGGAGUCUGCUGCAUACAGCGACAGUGAAGAGACGAAUGAACGAUUGAAGUUUCCAUGGUACAAAGUACGGCAACUAAUGGAUUCAAUUAUUUGGGAUUAGAUUUAUUAGCUAAACUUCCAAAAUAAGAAAAGAAAAAAAAAAAAAAAGAAAAGAAAAAUACGAUACGAUAAAUAAUUACAUUAUGCUUAGCGUCAUUUCACAUUUUAUUUAUUAAGCAUCUCUCCCUGCUUCGCUUCGCUUCGUUUAUUUAUCGAUCCAUCUAUUUUUUAAUGUUUAUUUAUAUAUCACGUUAUAUUAUAUUGUACCAAUUGUACGUCAAUAAUACCCGUAACAUCCAUUCUGAUAUAUUAAAGUAAUGUGACAAGAGUGUCAAAGCCAUUUCUUUGAUAGACUUGUAUUUUGUAAUUUGGAUUACACGACGUGAUCGUAUAUAACGAUCGAAUGUGCAACGAACGUUGAAUAUAUAAUUGCUAUUACUAUGAUAUUGUAUACCCUGGUUCAAACUGAUUUGAACAACGACUACAUUCCUUCGAGAUGAUGAAUGGAUAUAGAAACUUCUUUUGGCACUGUUCCAAAUGUGCCUACUUUAUCAACCGAAGAUAAAUAUAAAAAAUCAUAAUACCUUUUUCUUCGCGAUCAGACAUAUCUCAUUAUCUACUCUAACAUUUUAAAAAUCUAUCUAUGAUUUUUUUUUUAACAAAAGAAUAAAAUCAUGAUAUUUUCACAUUAUUUCACACGAUAAAUUGCUUUUGAUUUUUCAUAGAAAUAGCUGUUAAAAUAAAAUUUUUUUUCAAAAUUAUUAUUGUUCAGCUUAUAUUCUGAUUUUUUGCCGAUGCGUUAUUCAAUGAAACCAAUGAACGAUGCACAAAAAUCGUGAUUACAUCGAAUAAUAUAUUUCUUGUACUUGAUUAUUUAAUGGACACUAUGAUAAAAAAAAUCGAGAGACAAAAAUUUAUUAGGUAGAUUAGAGGAUAAUAUUAUAUUUGAUUA